AGAUAAAAUUCCUCUUUCGCUAGGGUUUUUGUUCCUCGCAGACAAAGCAGCGGUGGAGGCUUCUUCGAAUCGAAAAUGGUGAAAGGUCGCCAAGGAGAGCGCGUCAGGCUUUACGUUCGUGGAACCAUUUUGGGCUACAAGAGGUCGAAGUCGAACCAGUAUCCGAACACGUCUCUGAUUCAGAUCGAAGGUGUGAACACGAAAGAGGAAGUAGGAUGGUACUGUGGGAAGCGAAUGGCGUACAUUUACAAGGCCAAAGUGAAGAAGAAUGGGUCUCGUUAUCGUUGCAUUUGGGGUAAAGUAACAAGGCCUCAUGGUAACAGUGGCAUUGUUCGUGCUAAGUUCAAGUCCAACCUCCCUCCCAAAUCCAUGGGUGAUAAAGUGAGAGUUUUCAUGUAUCCUAGCAACAUUUGAGUGGGAUGAUGUAGAUGAAGGAUAGGCAUUGCAAGUGGAUAGGCUUAGUAGGGAUUGAAUCUCAAUUUAGAGUUAAAUUUUGGUCUUUUUGUAUUUGAGAGCUCAAUGAUUUUUUUCAAAACUUACAAUAUUUCUUAUGCUAAUGAUUAUUGUUAGUUCUAAAA